AUGGCCAAGGGCGAGAUUAAGGACAAGACUGCGGAGCUGGCCAUCAAUGCCAUCCGCUUCCUCGCCAUUGAUGGCGUGAACAAGGCCAACUCCGGCCACCCCGGGCUGCCCAUGGGCUGCGCCCCCAUGUCGUACGUGCUGUGGAAGGACUUCAUGACCGUGGACCCCAAGGACACCAAGUGGUUCAACCGCGACCGCUUUGUGCUGUCCGCCGGCCACGGCUCCAUGCUCAACUACUCCCUGCUCCACCUCAUGGGCUACGACCUGUCGAUUGACGACCUGAAGCAGUUCCGCCAGUGGGGCAGCAAGACCCCGGGCCACCCCGAGAACUUCCUGACCGCGGGCGUGGAGGUGACGACGGGCCCGCUGGGCCAGGGCAUCGCCAACGGCGUGGGCCUGGCCGCCGCCGAGGCCAACCUGGCCGCCCGCUUCAACAAGCCCGACGCCAAGCUGGUGGACCACUACACCUACGUGAUCAUGGGCGACGGCUGCAACAUGGAGGGCAUCUCCUCUGAGGCCGCCUCGCUGGCGGGCCACUGGGGCCUGGGCAAGCUCAUCUGCCUGUACGACGACAACCGCAUCUCCAUCGACGGCCACACCGAGAUCUCGUUCACCGAGGACGUGUGCGCGCGCUACGAGGCCAUGGGCUGGCACGUGCAGCACGUGCAGGACGGCAACCACGACCUGGACGGCCUGCGCUCAGCCAUCCAGACCGCCAAGUCUGUGACCGACAAGCCCUCCCUGAUCAAGGUGUCCACCCUGAUUGGCUACGGCUCCCCCAACAAGGCCGACUCUCACGACGUGCACGGCGCGCCGCUGGGCGCCGCCGAGACCGCCGCCACCCGCGAGGCCCUCAACUGGCCCUACGGCGAGUUUGAGGUGCCCAAGGAGGCGUACGCCGAGUUUGCCAAGAGCGCCGAGCGCGGCGCCGCCGCGCACAAGGCCUGGGACGCCGUGGCCGCCGCCUAUGCGCAGAAGUACCCCGAGGAGUGGGCCGAGUUUGAGUCGAUUGCCACCGGCAAGCUGCCCGCCAACUGGGCCGAGAAGCUGCCCAAGUUCACGUCCGCGGACAACGGCCUGGCCACCCGCCUGCACAGCCAGACCAUGCUCAACGCGCUGGCCCCCAACCUGCCCGGCCUGAUUGGCGGCUCCGCCGACCUGGCCCCCUCCAACAUGACCCUCAUGAAGAUGUUCGGCGACUUCCAGAAGGCCUCCCCCGCUGAGCGCAACCUGCGCUUUGGCGUGCGCGAGCACGCCAUGGGCGCCAUCUGCAACGGCAUCGCCCUCCACUCCCCCGGCUUUGUCCCCUACUGCGCCACCUUCUUCAUCUUCACAGACUACAUGCGCAACCCCAUGCGCAUGUCGGCGCUGUCAGAGGCGGGCGUGAUCUACGUGAUGACCCACGACUCCAUCGGCCUGGGCGAGGACGGCCCCACCCACCAGCCCGUGGAGCACCUGGCCUCCUUCCGCAUCAUGCCCAACAUGCUCACCAUGCGCCCAGGCGACGGCAACGAGACCGCCGGCUGCUACUACGCCGCAGUGCUCAACGCGCAGGCGCAGAACGCCAAGGGCGUGCGCCGCCCCUCCACCCUGGUCUGCUCCCGCCAGGGCAUGCCCAACAUGGACACCACCUCCAUCGAGGCAUGCCAGAAGGGAGCCUACACCGUGCACGACAGCGAGGGCACGCCCGAUGUCAUCAUCAUCGGCACCGGCUCCGAGCUGGUGAUGGCUGUGGAGGCUGCCAAGAAGCUGGAGGGUGAGGGCAAGAAGGUCCGCGUCGUGUCCAUGCCCUGCUGGGAGCUGUUUGAGGAGCAGAGCCAGGAGUACAAGGACAGCGUGCUGCUGCCCGAGGUCAAGGCGCGCGUCAGCGUGGAGGCCGGCUCCACCUUUGGCUGGGAGAAGUGGGUGGGCGACAAGGGCAGGAGCAUCGGCAUCAACGAGUUUGGCGCCUCCGCCCCCGGCCCCCUGCUGUACGAGAAGUUUGGCAUCACGCUCCUCUGCGUCUUGCCGUCUUGA